CUGUACAUACCGCAGCUACAUUUGCUAUCUAAUUGCUCUUGUAUCUGACGUACCUACAUGCCCGCAUCUAGGACAAUCACAUCAUACGUCUACGCAAGCUGCUUGCGCGCAAGCCAACGCCGCAUUGCAUUUUGGGCGCGGACCAUAGCACUACGCCUACCGCCCAUCCGAUAUUUGGCAGAUUCGGCACCACAGUCACGAGAGAAGGACACAGAAGAUGGAAAACCCUCCCAAAAUGCGGCAACCGACUUACCAGCGCCAGAAGAGAAAGAAGAAGGAGCAAUGACCCGCCGCCUCCGCUCCAUGAGUGAAUCCUCUCUUGAAACUGGCAGUCGCAGCAGCCAAAAUGCCGUCCUAGAAGCCGGCUUCAGCGAAGAUCUAAAGAAAAAAUUAGAAGAGCGCAUUGUAUCCACCAACUUUCGCUCGGACCACCGCAAUGCGUUUGCCGAGCUGGAAGCGCCGUCUCAUGUGGGCUGCGGCACGCGGGACAUUGCGACCGCGGAGCCGUGGUCUGGGGAAGAAAGUCUGCACGACGCGAGUCUACGCAUGCUUAACGAUGCACAUAAGCCGUUGAGGUCGGGACGAGGUGCACAGAUCCCCGGGCCGGCUGUCGCAACGCCGAAGAUGGUGGGUACGGGGAGGAAAAGCAGGGCGGCGGCGGGGAUGAGGUUGGCGGAUGCGAGGGAUAGGAGUGUGUUGUACGGCAGUUUGAAAGAGUCGGAUAUAUCUGACAAAGAGAAGGAGAAACGGUUUCAAGAAUUAAAAGACCGGUUUUCUCCUCAUGCGAGAGCCGUGGUGCCGGGGACUAUCCAGGGACUGGCAUCUCUUGCUAAUGAGCGGAUCGAAGAUGCCAUUGCAAGAGGUCAAUUUAAGAACCUGCCUCGUGGGCAAACGAUCGAGAGAGACUACAAUGCAUCCAGUCCGUUUUUGGAUACUACGGAAUACUUCAUGAACAAAAUCAUCCAGAAGCAAGACAUCGUUCCACCGUGGAUAGAAAAGCAGCAAGAGCUAGUAAGCACUGCCACCAAGUUCCGAGCGCGGUUGAGAAAUGAUUGGAAGAGACAUGCAGCGCGCAUGAUCGCUAGCAAAGGCGGCACUUUGCAAGACCAGAUGCGCAGAGCAGAAGCAUAUGCGAAAGCCGAACUAAUCGUGAAUCCGCAGAAGAAGAAAACGGAGACGGUUAGUACAGUCGAUAACUCCCACCACUUGUCCCAGAUCUCGCUUUCCGGGGAAUUGAAAGCGCCGGCGUCAGACUCGUCGCCUUUCUUAGAUGAAAUCGCCGCGGAACGAGUCGCGAGCAAAGCGCUUCUUUCAAACGAGCUGCCAGCGUCACCCGAUAGUGAGAAAGUACCAACCUCGUCACAGAGCAUACAAGUACCCAUCCAAACGUCCCCCGCGUCCCCCGUCCCACCAGCUCCCUAUCCCUUCCGAGACCCGGCCUGGGAAGCUACCGAAUCCAGCUACCACACCCUCAGCAUCAACGACCUGAACUCCAAAACUCGAUCGUACAAUCUCCAGGCGCCAGACCUAGCUAAGAAGCCUUAUUUUUCUCUGACUCGCGAGCUAGACGCUUGUUACGCAGAAGUCGCGCCGCAGCUAGCGGAAGCGAUUCGCGAGAGGGCGACAAUGCCAAAGGCGAAGGUCGAAGGCUUCGGGGCCAGUUUGGCGGAGAGUGCGGGCGUCAUGGAUAGAUUGGUAGGAGAGAAGGCGAGGGUGAGGGAUGAGAGGGUUGAGAGGAGGUAUGGGUUUCGGCAGUUUUGGAGGGAUAUUUGGGGCGAAGCGAAGGGGUGAUAUGGAGGGGAUAAGUUACAUUGGUAAGA